CCCUGGGGCCGCGUACUGCCAUCUUUGUUAGGGGCAGCGGGCUCAUCUCCGAGAUGCCGAAGUCGUGCGCGGCCCGGCAAUGCUGCAACCGCUACAGCAGCCGCAGGAAGCAGCUCACCUUCCACCGUACACUGUUUCAGUGCUUCUACCACGGAGAAAUAUACACAUCAGUUGGCAGCCCACAGACGACUCUCCACUGGCACCCACUUCCAGUCUCUUCUCACCUGCCCACAGGGAGAGCCAGGUUCCCGUUCAGCCGCCCGGAGCUCCUGAAGGAGUGGGUGCUCAACAUUGGCCGGGUCAACUUCAAGCCCAAGCAACACACAGUCAUCUGUUCUGAGCACUUCAGACCCGAGUGCUUCAGCGCCUUUGGGAACCGCAAGAACCUCAAACACAAUGCCGUGCCCACCGUGUUUGCUUUUCAGAACCCCACACAGGUCUGUCCUGAGGUGGGGGCUGGUGGGGACUGCACCCUGGAAGAGUUUCAGCCUCCAGACACUGAAGGCCCUGUGAAACAGGUAAGACCCUGGGUACAAGCUGGUCUCAGAAAUGCCCCAGAGGACCCGACAGAUGACAGGACCAAAGCCUCUCCUAAGACCACCAUCGGGAUUUCACAAAGGGAAGUAGGGGAAAUGGGGCUGGAGCUAGACCAGAAGGGUAGGGGGCAUUGUGACCCCAGCUCAGAAGCCUUCCUGCUGGGGACACAGGGCCACACCUGGACAGCUCUUACUAUUGACCUCUGUCCUCAGGUCUUACCAGAGAGAACAGAAGCAAUGGAGGUUUCUGGCCCGCCAGCCGGCCCCAUGGGGUUAGAACGGCCCUUCCCGGGACAGCCGUCGGAUCACAGCUAUGCCCUUCUGGACUUGGAUACCCUGAAAAAAAAACUCUUCCUCACGCUGAAGGAAAACAAGAGGCUCCGGAAACGACUGAGGGCCCAGAGGCUGCUGCUUCGGAGAACAUGUAGCCGCCUGCGAGCCUACAGAGAGGGACAGCGGGGACCACGGGCCAGACGGCCAGCACAGCAGAACUGAGCCCGAGGAGGCUCUGGGAUGUGGGGAAGUGAUUUUCGUCUUUGCUGUGCACAUUCCUACUACUGGUGCUGCAAGGCACCUUGAGACUGGCUGGACAGGAUGCCCUCGUCGGGAGGGCCCAAGUGCUGGGGAACCAGAGGUACAAUCUCGGGUCUCCUGGGCUGAGGAUGGCAGCUGUGGGCCUGUCUUGUAACAGUGACCAAAUGUUAGGAGUUGUCACGGCCCUGCCAGAGAUAGCUCCCCGAGGGAGAGGUGGCCAUUCCUGCAGUCCACCUCCAGGAACACGGCUAGUCUGUGGGGUCCUUCUCACCUUCCCAGAGGAGCAGUUCUGAGGGCAGGGCAAGGGUCUCCCACACCAGCCUGUAUUUUUGACGACUCUGGCCUGGUUUGUGUAAAUGUGGAAUAAAUUCUUUGAACUCUA